AUGUCGAAUGUCAAGGUAGUCUGUCGUUUUCGUCCACCAAAUGCUCUUGAGCUGAAGGAAGCAGGAAAUGAGCCUAUCGUCAUCAUCAACGAUGAAGGUAAUAGUGUUAAACUCAAAUCUCAAGAGGGUAUGAAAGGACCAGACGCGGCUGGAUUCACUUUCGAUCGUGUUUUUCCAAUGGAUACAAGACAAGUGGAAGUGUUUGAAUAUGGUGUCAAAGGAAUCGUGGAAGAUGUACUCGGUGGCUAUAAUGGUACGGUAUUUGCCUAUGGUCAAACAGGUUCUGGAAAGACCUUCACAAUGAUGGGAGCCGAUAUAGACAACGGUGAACUGAAAGGUAUCAUACCUCGUAUCACUGAACAUAUCUUUGAUUCUAUUCUCGCCAGUCCUGGAAAUAUUGAAUAUGUAGUCAAAGUCAGUUAUAUGGAGAUUUACAUGGAAAAAAUCCGAGAUUUAUUGGCUCCCCACAACGACAAUCUCCCCAUUCACGAAGAUAAGAGUCGUGGAGUUUACGUGAAAAACCUUUCAGACUUCUAUGUCGGUAGUGCACCCGAAGUCUAUCAGAUUAUGAAACAGGGUGGUGAAGCUAGAAAAGUCUCCUCAACUAUCAUGAACGCGGAAUCAUCCCGAUCACAUUCGAUUUUUGUCAUCACCAUCAACCAACGUCAUGUGGAGACUGGUACUCAGAAGAGUGGUAAUCUUUUCUUGGUCGAUUUGGCUGGUUCUGAAAAGGUCGGAAAAACAGGAGCUAGCGGACAAACAUUGGAAGAAGCCAAGAAGAUCAACAAGUCUCUUUCAGCUUUGGGUAUGGUCAUCAAUGCUCUCACCGACGGUAAAUCUGCUCAUAUCCCCUACCGAGAUUCAAAACUUACAAGAAUUCUGCAAGAAUCUCUCGGUGGUAACUCGCGUACCACACUGGUUAUCAAUUGUUCACCUUCUUCCUACAAUGAGGCCGAGACUCUUUCAACCUUGCGUUUUGGAAUGCGAGCCAAAUCCAUCAAGAACAAGGCCCGCGUGAAUGCAGAGCUUUCGUCAGCCGAACUGAAAGCAUUGUUAAAGAAAGCUCAGGGCGAUACUGGCAGACAGCUUUCUUAUAUCACUCUUCUCGAAGGCGAAUUGACCAUCUGGAGGAGUGGGGGACAUGUGGACGAAGCCGAAUGGGCUACUAUGGAAAAGGCUCUAGGUGUCAAAUUGCAUGUCAAUGAUAGUGGCCAGGUCUCUGUCGGAGGCUCGUCCAUCUCCCCGAAGCCCAGUGGACGAGAAACCCCUAGCACCCCUACAGGUACAAUGUCAAAUCGGGCAUCUGCUAUUGCCAGUCACCCAGCACUCGAGGCUCUUCGUGAAUUGGCUCGACCUGGGACACCUUCGGUGACUUUGGAAAAAGAUGAGCGUGAAGAGUUUUUGAGACGAGAGAACGAAUUGAGUGAUCAAUUGGCAGAGAAGGAGGAGGCUCUAGCCAAACAAGAACGUACGAUGCAAGAAAUUCAAGAAGAGUUAAGUUUCUUUAAAGAGCAGGAGUCAAGUAUGUCAGCGGAAAACAAAACGAUGGCUAGCGACUUGAACGAGUUACGACUUCAAGUGGAAAAGCUAUCGUAUGAAAACAAAGAGGCUACGAUUCUUGGAGAUGCCAUCAGGGAACAGAAUAAUGAUUUAACUACUGAGCUAGAAGAGCUCAAGAAGACGAUCGUUGAACUCAAAUCGGCUCAGAAAUCUAUUACCGACGAAAGUAAACAGAGAAAGAAAGCGGAAAAAAUGGCGCAGUUGAUGGCGGGUUUCGAAUCGACUGCAAUCUCGCAGAAAGAAGAUGCUAUUCGAGAAAUCCUACAGAAGCUAGAUGAAGCGGCCAAUGUUGAUAGACCUUUGUCUACUGAAGACCUACUACUUCUGAAACGACAAUUGACUGACUCGCAGAUAUUGGCCAAUGAAUCAAAUGAGAGGGCUAAGAAGGCUCAAGAGGAGAUCGAUUUGUUGAGCAGACGCAAGGAAGAAUUAGAGAACCGGUUGGGAUUGCUCGAACAGGAUUAUGAAGAUCUUCUGGAACGAGCUUCUGCUGCUGUUGGUGCUGGUGGGAUUAAUGGGAAUGAUGACAUCAACGAACUGGAGAGUAUCAAGGUCAAGUUAGAAGCUCAGACGGCAGCCAAGAGGGAAGCUACAUUACUUGAGAUCACCGACCUCAAGCAACAGCUCGACAUCAAGGUCCAUGAGAACCGCAGUCUGUUGGUGACAAUCGAUAAUCUCAAAGGUGCUAACGAGGAAUUAAAGAGAGCCUUUGCUGUCACUGCAGCUGGAAUUGAAGGUGGCAAAGAUUUGGCCGAGAGCGCGAAAGAUAUGGAACGUAUCCGAAAGACUAUGGCCUCGCAAUUGUCUGAAUUUGACACCAUGAAGAAGAGUCUGAUGCGCGAUCUUCAGAACAGAUGUGAAAAGGUCAUUGAGCUAGAGAUCUCAUUAGAUGAGACUCGAGAACAGUACAAUAACGUACUCCGAAAUUCCAACUCGAAAGCCCAGCAGCGGAAGAUGGAGUUCCUAACCCGAAACCUCGACCAACUCACCAAUGUACAAAAACAACUAGUAGAACAGAACAGUAUGUUGAAGAAAGAUGUGGCGAUUGCAGAAAGGAAAUUAUUGGCCAGGAAUGAUCGGAUCACAAGUUUAGAGAGCAUGUUAGGAGAGGCUCAAGAGAAGUUGAAUGCUCAGAAUGCUAAGUUUGAAGCCCAACUUCAUGCUGUAAGAGAAAGAUUGAAUCAAGCUCGUGCUCAGCAAGAGAAGAUCCCUGCCGGGGGUGGUUUGGUAUUUGGAAGGAUCGCCAAGCCACUCAGAGGUGGUGGUGGGAUGACCAAUGAAUCAACUGAUCCCGGUCAGCGAACAUCCUGGUUCGCCCGCAAAUAGAUGACUUGAGAUGGUUUCUUUUUCUUUCGUUCGCUUCUGCUCUUGUAAUUCUUCAAUAUCUCCUCUUGUUGGCUUUGUGGUCCAGGAUCAUGGGCUAGGUUAAUUUCGUUUUGAUAUCGUCUUCCAUUACUACCGAUAUACAUACAUGAUUUUUUUUGCGUUUUAAGUAUCUUCAUCCAAACUUUUUGCCACGUUUUGAGAGAUUGUGUUUUGUUUUUUCCUCAUAUUGCAUCACUUUCAAGCUGUUUUCCUCAGAUCAUUCUUUUUUUCAGUCCCUUUUUUUAGAUGGCUUUUGGGAAUCAACUUAAAUGGCAGAAACGAAUUUAUAUAUAAGAACAAUCAGUCAUUUGUAUUUACUUUGGUUGGCCUUGGUUGUUCUGGGGAAGGAAAUUAAGGUUUUAGAAUCACUUGUGAAUAUAAUUAUUGCCCAAUUUUUCUAAUCUC